AUGAUUUGCCAAAAGUGUCGCACGCCGCUCAAACUAGACAGUUCCCUUGAGGAAUUGAAUCCCGCGGCGUACGAUCUUCUCGUCGGUCAGCACAAGUCUCCCCCCGUCCGAAACGGUGCGCGCAAGUCACCCAAGAAGACGUCUUCAUCACGGCCAUAUCACCCACAAGAUGGCCAAAGAAAGGUGCUCUAUGACAAGGUCUCGCAAAAUGCAGCCUCUGCGACGUUCAAGCGCCAUGGCAGCGGGCCAUCGAAUUUGGCGCAACGAGAUUCAACCAUGUCCUUCAUCUACCUCACCGAAUCACAAGUCGCCCAGCCAGUGCUCUCCCGACCCGACCCACUGCCAUCGAAUACGAAAUCAAACAGGGGGAAUAAGGGCGGACAGAAGUCUAUUGAGGAACAGCGUGGCGGUAGCAAGGCGCACGAGAUAGAGCGCAUCAAUAAGCUUUUCGAGAUUCUCUCCGCGCGAUCCGACAUCGACCAUCCCAUCUGCGUUGAGUGUACCGAUAUGCUCGUAGAAGGUCUUCAGAAAAAGCUUGAGGCCGCAGCGAGGGAGCGCGAUGCCUACGUCGGCUUCUUGAAACAAGUGCAGAGCGACCAGCCGAACGAGGAGGAUAUUAAAGCACAAGAGGAAGCUCUGAAGAAGGCAAAGCAGGCCGAGACAGACGCCAUGGCUGAGUUGCUACGCUUGGAGCAAGAAAAGUCAUCUGUGGACGCGGAAAUCAUUGCUUUAGAGGAGGAGUCACAACAGCUUGACCAUGAGGAAGAGCAGUUCUGGCGCGAGCGUAACGCCUUCGCCACCAAGCUUGCCGACUUCCAAAACGAGCGCGACAGCACAAAUUCCAGGUUCGACAACGAUGCUCAGCUUUUGGAGAAGCUGCAACGCUCAAACGUGUACAACGACACGUUCUGCAUCAGCCACGAUGGCACGUUUGCUACUAUCAACGGGCUACGUCUUGGCCGACUGUCGAACAAGCCGGUUGAUUGGCCUGAGAUCAAUGCAGCAUGGGGCCACGCCCUUCUUCUGCUAGUUACAGUUGCCGACAAGCUAGGCUAUAAAUUCGAUGGGUUUGAGCCGCAGCCCAUGGGAAGCACUUCAAAAAUCAUUCGGUUCGAGCUCCCGUCGCCAACGGCCAGUCGCUUAGGAUCACAUCGGAAUGCGCCACCGCCAGCUCCGAAGAAGCAUGUCUUGGAGCUUUUCUCUAAUGGAGAUCUACCCCUGGGAUUGACCUUCAUGCACCGCAAAUUCGAUAAUGCGAUGGUUGCAUUCCUUGAGCUCGUGCGGCAGCUUGGCGCUUUCGUGCAUCGACAGACGGCAGCCGACGGCCACCCACUUAGCCUUCCCUAUAAGAUUGAGGGCGACAAGAUCAUGGAUGUGAGCAUCAAGCUCGGCAUUGCUCAAGACGAUGGGUGGACGAAGGCGUGUAAGCUCACACUGACGUGCUGCAAAUUUCUGCUUGCACACGCUAGUAAUGUGAACACGAGCGCGAGGGCUGCGAAUAAUCAAUAA